AUGUCUGAAUCAAGGUCAUUCCAGCUGGGGCCUCCCAAAAAGGGACCACUGGGGCUCUUCUUACAUUCCCAAUUCUGCAACAAAGCCGUCUACCCACCUUCAACCACGGAUCUCAACGGGAAAACAGCCAUCAUCACGGGGGCCACUGCAGGUCUAGGGUCUAUCGCAUGCCGCCAAUUGCUCUCUUUCCGCUUGUCCCGGCUGAUACUAGCUGUUCGGUCGGUGAAGAAAGGCGAGGAUUUCGCCGCACAACUACGGAAAGACUUUCCCCGGGCGACCAUCGACGUCUGGGAACUCGAGAUGGGUUCCUACAACUCCAUCCAGGCAUUUGUGCGGAGGGUCGACACCGAGUUGACGCAACUCGACAUCGCUGUGCUGAACGCGGGCCUUGGCAAGCUGCACUUUACUAUCAACCCCAACACCGGCCAUGAGGAGGUCAUUCAGGUGAACUACCUGUCCACCUUCCUCCUGGCCAUCCUCCUGUUGCCAGCGCUGAAGUCCAAGUCCCCUCAUGGCACUCCGGGCCGCCUGACCAUCGUCAACUCGGGCGUCAGCUACAUGGCAAAAUUCCCCAACCGCAAUCAAGUCCCCUUGCUCGGCUCCUUUGACGACACAAAGAUCACGCCAUGGGACGUAAGCGAACGGUAUAGCGUCUCGAAGCUCUUGGGACAUCUAUUCAUGCUCCGACUCGCCGGUUACAUCAACCCAGAAGAUGUGAUUCUCAACCUUGUGGACCCGGGGUAUUGCAAGGGUUCGGAUUUACACCGCGAUGCGACAGGUAUCGUGGCCGCGUUGAUCAGCCUGUCAAAGUCGCUGGCAGGCAGGAAACUAGAGGACGGCGCGUCGACGUAUAUCGAUGCGGCUGUUGUCAAGGGAGCAGAAACGCAUGGAAGUUUUGUCAUGGAUUGGGGCAUCAGACCGUUUGCGGCGCCUGCGCAUGAUCCUGAGAUGCAACCUGUUAUCUCGAGGCUUUGGGAUGAGACGAUGCAGGAAUACGAAUUUGCUGGUGCGCAGCGAAUUUUGAACGAAAUGGCAGGACAAAAGUGA